CCCCCUAAUGGUAGCAGCCGAAAUGAUAAGAACAAGAGGAAGAGAAUAGUAUAAUAUCGAGUUCGUAUUAUCGUAUUAUGGCGACUUAAAGUUUUUUGUCAACCGAAUGCUUCUGUGUAUCCAACGAGCAAUGCAUUUGUGUAGACUAUUUAGCCUUUACAAAGUAAAUAUUAUAUGUAACAUUUUGGUUAUAUUUUUUCGUAUGAUAACGUCAAAUGCCGAUGCAUAUUGAUUUAUCACGUUAGCUUUAUUCUAUUGAUUUUGUGAUUUAUCCAUUGAGCACACCCCUAGCUCCUUUUUAAUGCCACUGUCACUGAACAAUACACUAUAGCAGGUCGCUUUCACGUUUGCAGAAUCUCCUGCCACGCUUUUCUAUCCUCGCCACCGUGCCUGCACUCUUUUCUUCACUUCUCUAACAUACUCUCCAUUACUUUGCAUAGCUGACUCCAGGUAUUUCAACUCAUUCACCUUCACCACCUCUGCUCCUUGUGUGUAGAUCAUUAAGCCCUUGCUGACUGCACUGUCUUAUACACAGGCUGGACCAGUGAACACCGCACCACCGAUUUCUCCGUGUAUUUAAACACGUGUAAAUAAGACUGCGAGCUCCCCGAUUGGCCCAGAAAUGCACACUAGCACUGGAGAAACAACUAAUUAACAACCUUCGUCCAUUAUACUUUUAAUACAACACAGUGCAACUGUCUGCUAAUAGCCACAGAGUCGGACAUUUUGGCGGAUAGGCUUCUAGACGCAAAAGCACAGGCCUGGUGCUGGUUGGUUGAAACCUGUAGCCUGUUACCCGGAUGUAGCAGUAGGGAAACUACGUCAUUGUUCACCGCCGGACGCUCUAUGGAUAUUAUAAUGGACGGACCCAACGAGAUAAUUAUGAAUAAAAUCACAGAAUAAACGAUGAAAAUAGUUGACACCGCUUUGGAGAACUCUGACUUUAAGUCAGCUCAGCGCAGUCCCCUGUCUCCUGUCCGCUCUGAGGAAGUGAACGGCACCAGCGUCGGCUGGAGUGUCGACACUUCCAACGUUGAGCUUUCCAGGACCAUGGCUACCUGUGUGGCUUCCAGCUGUGAUGUUGCUUCUUAUGGAGGCAACAAAGCAUUUCCUGCUGAUAGGCCAAAUGAACAAGUGGCCUUAAACAGUGGCGAUGGCAUCAAUCUGCCACAGAAGAUCCUGUUCCCAUCAGAGCGUCUCAGCAUGAAAUGGACCCAAGUGCACCAUAUUGGAGCAGGUCUUCAAAACCUGGGCAACACAUGUUUUCUGAAUUCAGCUCUUCAGUGUCUUUCUUACACUGCACCCUUUGCCAACUACAUGUUGUCAAGAGAGCAUUCCAAAACAUGUCAUGAAUCUGAGUUUUGCAUGCUGUGUACGAUGCAAAAUCACAUUACCCUGGUGUUUGCUAAUUCUGGGAAUGCCAUUAAACCCAUUGGCGUGCUGCAUGAACUAAAACGGAUUGCAAAGCAUUUCCGGUAUGGAAAUCAAGAAGAUGCCCAUGAGUUCUUGCGGUACACAGUGGAUGCUAUGCAAAAGUCCUGCCUGCCUACUAAUAAAUUGGACAGGUAUACGCAGGCCACUACUCUGAUCCAUCAGAUAUUUGGAGGAUAUCUGAGGUCUAGAGUAAAGUGUCGGAACUGUAAAGCCGUAUCGGAUACAUUUGAUCCUUUUUUGGAUAUUGCACUGGACAUUAAGAAUGCACCAUCUAUUAACAAGGCUCUUGAGCAGUUUGUGAAGCCUGAGCAGUUGGAUUGGGAGAAUGCGUACAGGUGCAGCAGUUGUAAAGAAAUGGUUCAAGCGUCCAAAAGAUUAACCAUUCACCGCAACUCCAACGUGCUCACCAUCUCUCUGAAACGCUUUGCCAACUUCAAUGGAGGCAAAAUCUCCAAGGAUGUGAGAUAUAAUGAAUAUUUUGACUUGCGGCCCUACAUGUCUCAGUCUCGUGGAGAUCCGCAGAUUUACGGGCUGUAUGCUGUCCUGGUUCACUCAGGCUUCAGCUGCUAUGAAGGACACUACUACUGCUAUGUAAAGGCAAGUAAUGGCCAGUGGUAUGAGAUGAACGAUUCAUCGGUGACUCCCACUGAUAUUCGUUCUGUGCUGGACCAACAAGCAUACCUGCUGUUCUACAUCAAGCAAGGGACAACAGAUCUGAAAAAUGGAGAUUUUAACCACAAGGGUUUUACUCCAAGCCACUCAUCUCCCCGGCCAGUAGUAAAACAGAGGCUAAAUGGGCAUUCUUGUACCUCCUCACCUAUAAUUGGCCCACAGCUCCCUCACAUGCUAAAGAAUAAUUCAUAUGUGAAUGGCAAUGGCUCCUCGAAGGAACAUAACAAUGGCUUAGAGCCCAGCAGCAGUGGCAUUAGUGAAGGGAACACCUCCGAUUUGUCUUCCUAUUCCUCCACAACUUCAUCCUCCGAUUCUGAUCAUCCCGUCCAACCCAGGAUCAAAAUGAGCUUUAUUGUUGCCAAUGGAAAGGUGGUACGGUGCAACCGGACCUUAUCGUCUGCAUCAACAUCCAGCAGUCAUUCGUCUCCAUUCACAGCUGGUCAUCAGCAUUUUCACCCUUCAUCUUCUACCUCAAAAUGCCAGCGCUCCAAGCAGGUCAAUGGCACAUCCUCAUACUGCACUGCUACUUUCCUGGUUCCUUAUGAUGAGAAAUCAUGUCAUGAGUCUGGCCUGGAGAGCAAAUUCUCGGACAGUAGCACGUUUAAGCCUCAUGCUGUUGCCAAGACAGCCAGUGAGAACGGUGGCAUGCACAGCCCUCUUUCUCAUAAUUCAAGCUCACUUUCACCCUGCAGAAAUCCAACAGACUCUCAGAGAUCCAACAGCCUCUCAGAGUCUUACACAGGUGCAAAUGGUUCAGGACACAGGCAUGUGAAUGGCCAUCACAAAGUCAAUGGCCUUAAACAUCCCGAAAAGACUUCAGACAGUCCUGCCUCUGCUUCUUCCAUAACUGACUCUGAUUCGCAGCGUGUGUCAAACUGUCCCAGAUCAGAGGGCCUUCUUUCCCCAUCAAUCAGUACGGAAAGGGCUAAACCACUCACCAACCCUCUUGUUCAGCGUGUCUCGAACCCAGCACCCACACUGGGCACAGACAUCCAGGCAUUGUCUAAGCCAGCAGAGGUGAUGCCUAAAACACAGGCGACCUUAACAGAGGCGUCAAGUAAAGAGAAGGCCACAAAAGAGUCUGCUGUGAGCAAUCACAAUCUCACCCAGCAGAAGAAUGAUAAUCCUCCAUCACAGAGAAGUCCCAAGAUGGCAAAUAUCUGUAAACAAACAAAUGGCAAAGACAACAUGAAAAUGUGUCAGUCUGGCAAACCCAGUUCUUUUGAACGGAAAAGACCGGCUGAGCGCCAAGAGCAUUACCGAUAUUUGACUCCUACAAAGGACAAGGAUGGAGACAAAAAGAGCAGUCGAAACUGCAAAGAGCGUUAUGGACACAGCCAUCGGUCAGAAAAAGAGUAUUACCCACCUAGGAAACGCUUCCGCGAUUCCUCCAGAGAUAAAGAGGCAGCUCAGUACCGGGACAAAUACGCGGACCGUCACAGAGACUGCCACUACAAAAGAGGGAGAGAGGAGUGUUCGUGGGAUCGGGAGUGGGACAGGAUAUACCAGACCUCGCACCGCUCUUCAAGCCACUAUCAUAGAGAGCCAGAUUCGCGGCAUGCACGCAAAGACCAUUGUGAUAAGUGGCACUACAGCGGAGAGCAGAGCAGCAAACGAGCAAAGAUCUCAUCUCCACGUUCCACCAUCUCCACCUUCUCACCCCUGGAGCAGGGGACCAGAAAACACAGCAUGUCAGGUGAUGACCGCACAUCCGAGGAGCACUUAAAAAGGUCAAAGAAGAAAAAUAAAGAUAGACACAGGAGUUUCGGAAGUGAUCUUGAGUAUGACAAGAACCGGAGCGGCAGCUCCAGCCGACACAGAAAGAAGAAAAAGAAGAGGAGGAGGCACGAGGUGGAGGAAAGAUCUCACAGAGAGAGUCCGUCGACCCACAACUCAGACAAGCGCGAUAGGAAAGGCAGGAAAGGAGAGGGGAGGAGCCAUAAGCAGCAGCCCAGUCUUGAGCGAGGCGAUUCUCCUCAUCACACCAAGCAGUCAGGCGCUGAGAACCAUCACCAGCUCAAUAGUCACUCUGGUAAUUGUAUAAACCAUUACAGUGGAUAUGUCCAAGGAUUCUGUGGUAAAGAAAUUGAUGUGCAGGUUAAAUAUGGAGACCUGAACCGUACAUCUAACAGCAAAAUGUUCUUCUGUGGAGGCAAAACUGGAGAUUCAGGACCUGUCCCCUGCAGAUAAAACAUUUGUCAUUCGGGAGACAUCUAAUAGACCCAAGAUAUGUUUUGAGGACAAAAAAAAUACUCUACACUUUCAAAAUUAUUGUUAAGGUGCUUUAUUCUAUGAAAUAUAUACUGUAUUUUUUGCUGCAAGAAUGCUUUAAAUUUUUUAGGGUUAAAAGACUUUUUUUUUUUUUUUUUUUUUUUUUUUAAACCAUGCUCUAUGGCUGAACUUUUGAAGAUGAAUAUGAAAAAUGUAAAAAAAAAAAUGUUUUAUUAAUAUAUACACUUAAACCGGGAAGCCUGGAGCUUUUACAUCAAAAUUGCUGCUCAGACAUUGACUCAGGACUUUCUCACUUGUGAAGAUGACACACAUUCUCCCUUUAAGGACACAUACCUGGGAAUGAUGAAAAAAAGAACUAAAAUGCUGCAUAAAAGUGGAAAGACUGCCUCCCGGCUGUUAUGAUGUCACGGUUUUCAUUUUUGUUUAAAAUUUCAGUGGAACAGAUUUUUUGUGUGCUUUGUGUGCACUUACACCACAGUUAACCUGGACAAACUUGACAUUUUCUGCCUAUUUUUCUUUUUAUUGUAUUUUCAUUAAACUCCAGACUGUCAAUCCCCAGGA